AUGGUUUACCUGAUGACUGUUGUAGACCCUGACCUCACGGAUCUGUUAAAUGAGACUCCCAGAAUGUUAAAUACGGAUAUAGCAAUGUCUAAAGUCUACAAAGACGAUGAUGUGAGCAGCACUUUAUUGUUGAAAGAUGCUUUUUCUGACGAGGUGCUGUUCCCUGCCUCUGAAGGUAGAAUUAGUUACGGCUUAGAGAAAGCAUCAGAGUCUGAUAAACUGAGACAAGGGGUAGAUGAAGCUAAAAUAAUACCUUUGUAUCGACACCUAGCUGCUCACGGUCUUCUCGUCAAUAGUUCUGAUGUACAAGAAGUGGUUUCUCCUAUAAAAACACCUACGGAACUGGUUCAAAGUGAAGCUGUGUUUAUAAAUAAUAUGAAUAUGACCCUGACGACACCGAUAAUUGCUUCGGUGAAAGGUUUUCGAAGAUCUGUUAACUAUAUAACUGAAACAAAUGAAAACAUUAAUCUGAACUCCGGUGUUAUAUUGCAAAUUACUGACGACACAGGACAUCCGAGAAUAGAAAUAAAAUUGGAAUCGAAAAGACCUCUUGAUAAAAGUAAAAGAUAUCAUAGAAGUUCAGACAACAAUUUAUCAUUUGUCAGAUUUGAUUCGGAUGAAGUGAUUGAAAACAUUAUAGAAGAUGGAAAAAGUACAGUUAUAAUCAUAUUACCUAACAACACAUUCAUUAUCAAUAAAACCAAAGAACAGCCAUACAUACAAAAUUACACUAAAGAAGAUAAUAGUAGUAUAUCAACUAGUGCAAUAACUAAGAACAAUAGGCGGAACCUGAGUGAUUUUAAAGAAAUAACUAAUAUGAUGACCAACGCAAAACAUAAUCAUAAAAUUAUGAAUGAAAAUGCUAAAAUAUACAGAAAUAACUCAGAUAUUGUGCAUUUUGAUAUGUCGUUUCAUAAUGGAACCAAAUCAAUUCCAACAUAAUAAUUUAAACGGUAUUAUAUAUUUCAAAUACUUAGUUAUAAUUCCUAAUGAAAAGAGACUACUUAUAAAUUAUUCUAGAAAAAUAUCAACUGAAAAGAAAAUUAAUUAAAUUAUUAUAAAUAAUAUUGAAAUAGACAUUAUCACAAUCUAUUUGUCACAAAAUAAAGUUUAUUAAGAACCUUUUUUUUAAAUUUAAAAAAAUCUCCAUUGAUAUAUGAAAUAUUUUAUUAUACAAACUGGUAUAUAAUUGCUUUCAUUUUCAUUAUUUAUGAAAUUUUAGUAUGUAUUAAUAAAAAAAUGUUGGGGAGGCACCUUAAGAAGAAGAAUAAAAAAUGAUUGUUAAUAAAUGAUUUCAAAUUAAAAAUAAGCAACAGUCUAUAUUCGACUAGUAGUUUUAUGUAUGUUCACGGAUUACGUCGCCAAUGGGACAUAUUAGAGCAACCAUUUGUCACUAGAAUGCAGCACUAGGUUAGUUUUUUAACUAAAAGAAAGUCAAACAAAAAUAAUGAUAAGAAUUAAAUAUAUAUUUUUAUAUAUAUAUUUUUUUUUGAAGUAAUUUUGAUCCAAUAAUACAUCGAUGCUACAUAUUUGAAUGUAAUCGUUAAUCUUCAUAAGUUUUCAAGUAUAAUUUUCGAUAAUGUGGAAUAAUACAUAAAUAAAAUCUUAUUGUUCCCCGUUAUAAUAAUACAGUACAAAUUUUUUAUACAUUAGCCAUAUAUAUAUAUAACUAAUAAAGGACUAUAUAUAUGUCACGUAUGUUUUAACAUAUAAUGUAAUAGCGUAUAUAUAGCUAUGUGCUCAUGCUGCCAUCCUUACUGGGCUUUAUAUUAUUUAUUUUAGAUUGAUUUGCAGAAAAUCAGAAGACUAGUUUUAAUUAUUAAAAAAAAAGAUGAAACAAUUCUUCUAAAUAACAAAUCACUUGCAAAGUUUACAUAAGUAUUUGUUAUAUUUCUGUCUUCUUUCCUCGAAAAAAAUCUAAAUAGCAUUUUUUCUUUCCUACAGCUUUUUGAUCAGAUUCAUGAUGUAUAAUUUUUAGAUAUCUCAAUAAAUGUUUUAAAAUAACUGUAAAUUACAGUUAUGUAAAUAAACUGUAGAUUACAGUUAUGCAAAUAAACUGUAGAUUACAGUUCUUUUAAAAGUUACGGGAAAGAAAAAGUGCUAUUUAGAUUUUUCGACGAUUUUUUUCGAAACAUCAGAGGAUUUUAUUUAUAUAC